CCAUGGUUGAGGAAGAGCGCUCAUGAAGGCAUAUAGAGCUGUUCCAUUCCACUAGAGCUAGUAGCUAGCACCUUUCACCUUGGCUCCGUGCCUGCAGCUGUCGAGCACUGGCCGACUGUGCGACUAGCUUUCACCUUGCCUCCGCUUUCCUGUGCUGUCGAGCGCUGGUCGACGGCGCGAUGGUGCGCUUCUUUCUCCCUCUCUUGGAUCAGGAGGAAGGCGACAGUGACGAUGAUGCUAGAGCCGAUGUCUUAGCGGGGAAUGAUAGUAACGAGGAUAACGCCAACGAUAGCAGGGGCUCGGAUGCCCUCCGUCACACGCAACCAGACCGCUCCACGCCGGACUCUGUUCGAGCUGACGUGGAAGGCUCCGCUGGACUUGGUGGCCCUCUCGCGAGCCUCGCGAGGUCGGAAGAAAGAGACGGCUCUGCUGGGGGCUGCGCGCACCCUUCCACUGGUGGCUGCGCGCACCCCCGCGCUGAUGGCUGCGCCUCCCCUCCCGCUGGGAGCUGUGCGCACCCCCCCGCUGGUGGCUGUGGGCCUCCCGCUGUGGAAUACAGGGGGGGAGUCGGGAAUACCGGGGAGCUUCGGGGAGAAGCAGCUGCGGGAGCACGAGGAAGGGGGGGAGGAGGAGCGGGUGGGGAGGAGGUUGGGGGGCUGGAGCGGGGAGUGGUUGCGGAGGGGAGAGCAGCAGGUGCGGGUGGGGGGGUUGGUGGGGAGGGGACGGCAGGAGUUGAGGAGGGGACGGCAGCAGGUGACUUGCGUGCGGCACAGGGGGCAGAGCAGUGCCCUCGAGGUGAUACCUCCCCCCGAGCUCAUAGCUCCGCCCGAGCUGAUACCUCCGCCCGAGCUGAUACCUCCGCCCGAGCUGAUACCUCCGCCCGAGCUGAUAGCUCCGCUCGAGCUGAUAGCUCCGCUCGAGGUGAUACCUCCGCUCGAGGUGAUACCUCCGCUCGAGGUAAUACCUCCGCUCGAGGUGAUUGGUGUGCGGACGCACAGGGAACGGUUGCAAAGUCAGCAGAGCCAGCCGUCCAUGCGCGAGAAAGAGCAGAGGGAGCAGAGGGAGCAGAGGGAGCAACAGGGGCAUUGGGCCCGAGGCACAGCCUCGCAGCAAGACCAUCCGACCCUAGCCUGCGCGCGAGGGGGUUUCAGGGGUGGAAGAGAAGCGGCAGGGGCUUGGGCUUGGUGCGGUGCGGCAGGGGAGUGGGGAGGCCACGAGAGGACAAGGCCGGUGAAUGCGCCAGGGGAGUGGGGAGGGCUGGAGAGUGGGGGGGGCAGUGGGGAGUGGGCCCAGGCUUGGGCUUGGUGCGGUGCGGCAGGGGAGUGGGGAGGCCACGAGAGGACAAGGCCGGUGAGGGGGCAGCAGGGGGUAAGACUGCGAGUCUCGCGCUUCCAGGUGGUUUCCAGCCAGCAGCGGCGGGCGGAGAUAAGCAGAGGACAGCGGUGGAGGGUGUGGGAGAGGCGGAGGAGGGAGCGGUUAGAGGUGGAGAUGGAGAUGUGGAUGGUGGUGAGUGCCAGGGAGAUGACACCAGGUGUCACAAAGAUGACACAUGCCUCACGAGAGACGACAGCAAAGACUGGCCAGACGACACGUGGAGCCACGGGCGAGCCUGUGCUGACGUGGCGGCGGGCGAGUUGGUUGAGGUGGCCGAGUCAGCAGGGGAACAGCUGUGGGCGGCAGUGGAUGAGCUCCUGGAGUGCCCUGUGUGCUGCAUGGGGCUGUCUGCUCCCAUCUACCAGUGCCACAGGGGACACGUGAUCUGCUCUGCCUGCAUCUCCCAUCUAGCCCACCAAUCCUGCGUGACAUCCGAACCCACGGGUGGUGGUGCGGGCCUUAGUGUUGGGACCAACUCCACGGUUGCUGCUGCUGCCACUUCUGCUGGUGCGGCGGGAGCGGCGGUGGCUGAUACUGCGGCUGGUACUGCGGCUCCUGCCAGUGCCAUGGCAUCGUCUGCAGCAUCAGUGUGCUGCCCCAUGUGCAGAGACCCCAUGGCCGUGCCACCCAUGGCAUCUGAAAGCCAAACCAGUGCCAAGGCUGCAGCAGAGAGGGUCACUGGAACAGCCGCAUAUGAGGUGACUGGGUCAGCAGCCGAGUGGGGAACAGGCACAGCAGCAGGGGGGGAAGCAGGGGCACCGUUUGCUGGGGCGUCAGGAGCAGGGGCUGUUGCUCUGCUACACUCUUUUGCACGUCCACCAAGCACUCCUCCUCUCUUUGCCACAGGGCGGGCUAGAAUGCCAGGCAGCCCUCCCCAGGGCCACACUGUGAGCCACAGAGGAUGGGAUAUCGGUGUAGGUGCUGCUACCAGUAGAAAUUGGAGGGAUAGGGGCAGGUACAGCGGAGUCGGGGGUGUGGGUGGGUCGGCUGUUGGAGCUACCGGUGCUGUAGCUCAGACAUGCCUUGUCCGGAAUCUGGCACUAGAGCAGCUCGCGUCUACAGUGGCAGCCUUGCGCACGGCUACAGCUGGCCUGGCUUCACACGUCUCGCUCCCUUAGUCCACCACGGCAUUGUGCAUGCUGAUGUACAUACCAUAGGGGUGUACAGCAUUGUAUUACAAACCUGCGCAGCUAGGAGUGUAGAGCAUUGUACAAAUAUUAGUAUUGUACAGCAUUUUACUAACAAACG